AUGAAGAGUCUUCAUAUCUUCUGCAUCAUGGCUUUGAGUGUGGACCUCGUCCGAGGCAUUGUCCAGAUAUGCCAAGACGCCGAUAAAAACUCCUGUACUGUUACAUGCGGGUCGCCUGGGAAAGACGGUCUUCCGGGAAAAGAUGGUAACGUUGGACCCAAGGGUGAUAAAGGAGAUCAAGGUCCACAGGGAAUAACAGGUCCAAGUGGACCUCAAGGACCUCCUGGGGUGCCUGGGGCAAAAGGAGAGCAAGGACCACCAGGUCCAAAGGGGGACAGAGGUGACAGUGGGGCAUCAGCUCUCGAAGCUUUCAAAAGUCGCGUAAACUCAAUGGAACAACAACUUAGAUCUGCAGUAGAAGCUCAGAAGAAAGCUCUGGUUUUCGCUGAGGGGACAAGCAGCGGAAACAAAAUCUACGUUACAAACGACUUAGAAGGGACUUAUGGAGAAGCCGUCCAAAUCUGCUCCAGGGCUGGAGGCCAGUUGGCUUCCCCGAGGAAUAGAGCGGAGAAUGACGCCGUGUUGGCCCUCGCUUUGCAGAAGAAUAAGGUAAAGCCUUUCCUCGGAAUCAACGACAUUCAGUCACAAGGAACUUUUCGUUAUCUCAAUGGACAGGUGAUUGGCUACUCAAACUGGGGAGACGGAGAGCCCAACAAUUACCUCGAGAUCGAGGACUGCGUGGAAAUGUACGAAAACGGAGCGUGGAAUGAUAGGAAAUGUGAUGAAAGACGUCCCGUCGUUUGCGAAUUCUCUCAGUUUUAA